CAGUCUGGAGACCGUGCUGUAGCUUCAGCAGUUCGAGAGACACUACUGAGAGUUUGCGUGCUCCACGGACGAAGGAGCGACCUUCUUAUUUCCCCUCACUUUACAGCACAGAACCGAGCUGUGCAUGUUUGGCGCCACAACCGUCCGUGAGUCACUGCAUCACAGCCCACUGCAAGUCACUGAACCAAAACCCAGCCGGCGUGGGAAUGGCAGCUAUCCGACCAAUUAAAGGGAUUCUAAAGAAAAACACAAAAUCUCCGCCGCCCGAAGAGCCACCGGUAGAAACUAGCGAGGAGAUCCCGGGACUUUCGGAGAGUGAGCAGGGGAGGAAGAAAUCCCAGAAAUGGGAUGAAAUGAACAUCCUGGCUACAUACCAUCCAGCAAAUAAAGAUUAUGGCCUCAUGAAGAUCGAGGAACCCAACACUCCUUUUAACAGAAUGGUCGGAGAUGAUGAAGGGGUUCUCAGUGACGCUGAUGACGAAGCUGGACUAGCAGCAGAAGACCUGGCGUCAAAGCUGGUGGCAGUACAGAAUGCAGAGUCUCGCCAAAUGGAAGAGGAAGAAGAGGAGGAAGAGGAGGAGGAGGAGGAGGACGAAGAGGAAGAGGAGGAACUGACGCCUGAAAAAAAAGAAAAAAAGAGGCAUUUCAAAAUGUUACGAAAGAUGCACUACGAUGAGGGCUUCAAUAUAUUGCGGGCACGUGAGCUCAUCGCCAGCGAGCUAGAAAAUGAUGAUGAGGAUGAGGAGAUGAGUGAAGAAACAGAGGAGACAGACAUCAAUGUGGAUCCACCCCAAGAAGAUCAGUAAACCAACUUCUUCAAAAUCUUCAUGGAUGCCAUGGUCAUGGAAACACUUUUGGUUACCUGUGAUUAUGCCAUAUGCCCCUCGAAAGACUGACAUUGAUUUCCACAUCAGAGUGUAUGUUGAGUAUGUUUACUAAUGUGAGAGGUCUUCUAUGGGCCCAUAGGAUUAUUGGAGGGUAAAACUAACCUGUUUUAUGACGGUCUUUGCCUGGAUUUGUUUUAAGUUACAUAUUUUAUGUAAAAUAUAUGACAAAACAGACGUGUGUACCGUAAUUUCUGGACUAUACAGCGCACCUGAUUAUAAGCCACACCAGCUGAAUUCAUCAGAAAAAAACAAAUGUGUCCAUGAACAAGCCGCAAUAGACUUUAAGCCGCAGGUGUUUUAAUGUUCGAUUACCAUAUGUAAGGUUCCUGAACAGAGGUUGUUGUCGGGAAAAUCUCUGGUGAUUUGUAAUAAUUACGGAGGAUGUCUGUGAUUUUAGUCCCGUCCGAAAUGCACCAUGUCGGUAAUUUGCAGAGUAAUUAUUCCUCCGCCAAUUUCCGACUGCAAUUCGCCAAACACCGACAUCCUGAGAUAAUACUAAUCCAGUCCGAAUUAAGUGAUUAAGGGGGUUUUAGGAAGUUUUUUUUUUUUUUUUUUUUUUUGGUUUCAAUUGCACAUCUUUUUCUCCCUUUUUUGUGGUUGAAUUUAUGGCCGCACAUUGUGCCAUUUUAACUAGUGAAUGCGAAGCAAGUUGGGGGGGGUGGACACGGAGCAGGGGGCAAGAGGCAGGGGAGCUGCACAGAGUGCAUGGCACACGGAGCGUGCGGGGACCAAGGAUAUCGCCACCAUUCUCUCAUGGUUUAUGUUUCAUGUGAGAUGGUCAAAAAUCCCAUUGUGUAGUGUUCUGGAAGCUGCAGUAGAAAUGAUUUGAGUAUAUCGAUCUGGAUGACAGCAGAACCAGCAGUGGUUCACUCACCCAAAAAAGACCCCCCCCCCCCCCCCCCCCCCCCCCCCAGCUCCGCUGUGCACCAGUGAUCGGCGCACAGACAGAGGUUACUAAAGCAUCAUCCUGCAUUUCUUUGUAUUUUUGCAUAUUUCAGGGUCAGAGUCAUGAUGCACGUAAAUAAACUAUGUCCUGUC